CCUUCCUGGGCGAAGAAAUCAUUUAUUCACGUGUUUCAGCGCAGCCAGCUUGCGGCCUUGAGUGCGCAAUUCGCCUCGGCCGAAAGAGACGCGCCGGGGCAGACGCACAAGGGUAAACUUCUUGAGCUUUAAGCUGUAAAGGCAAUCGAAGCAAUAACCUCAAAUUUGAAUCUGCAUUAUCCCAACUGUUAUCACCACGACUACCCUGUUCAACAUCAAUCAAAAUGCCGUUCGUCAAGCAAACCAAGAACGGAGCUUACUUCUCUCGUUACCAAGUCAAGUACCGCCGUCGUCGUGAGGGAAAGACUGAUUACCAAGCUCGUCGUAAAUUGACUUCUCAAGCUAAGGACAAAUACAACGCUCCUAAAUACCGUUUGGUCGUUCGUUUCUCCAACAAAUUCGUCACUGUUCAAAUCGUUUCCGCCAAGAUUCAAGGUGAUGUUGUUUUGACUCACGCUUCAAGUCGUGAAUUGCCUCGUUACGGUAUCAAGCACGGUUUGAGCAACUGGACCGCCGCUUACGCUACAGGAUUGUUGGCCGCUCGUCGUGCUUUGACAAUCUUGGGUUUGGCCGACAAAUACGAAGGUGUUGUUGAACCUGAUGGAGAAAUGACAGAGACACAACCUUUGGGUGACGAUGAACCCCGUCCAUUCAAGGCAUACUUGGAUGUCGGUUUGAAACGUACAUCAACCGGUUCCCGUGUGUUUGCCGCCAUGAAGGGUGCAUCUGACGGUGGUCUUUACAUUCCUCACUCUGAGAAGCGUUUCCCAGGUUACGACCCUGAAACCAAGGAAUUGGACGCUGAAGUUUUGAGCGGUUACAUCCGUGGUAGCCACGUUGCUGAAUUCAUGGAAUCUUUGGAAGAAGAAGAUGACGAACGAUUCAAGAAGCACUUCUCCGGUUACUUGGCCGAUGAAGUUGGUAGCGAAGACAUUGAAGAGAUUUACGAAAACGCAUACAGCGCUAUCCGUGAAGACCCAUCCUUCAAACCCACCGAAAAGAGCAAGGACUGGAAAUCCGAGACCAAGAAGCACAAGGCCACCAAGCUCACCCACUCUCAACGCAAACAACGUAUUGCCGACAAGAUUGCUGCUUUCAAGGCUGGACAAAACGAGUAAAUCUUGUUUGUCUGAUUUCCCCACUCGCAUUCUCCCUUUCCCCUCUUUCCCAUUCCCACAAACACCAUGUACAUUUCAUGAAAAAGGUCAUUUUCUUGACCAAAUGCAUUUUUAUGGUAUCGCACCGAGUUGCGAUGAUAUGAAGCAGAAGU